UUGCGCUUGCCGAGCGAAAGGUCGCCAUGACAUUGCCAACAAAUGUGCUCGGGGAUUUCUACUGGAGAAGCAGUUUUAGCCUAUCUUCAUAGUGUACUGUCUUUGAUACAGUCACUGGUUUUUACGAAUGACUGACAGGGAUGAAGAGGAUAACAGCGCCCUCGUAGAGCAGCAUCACACAGAGCGAUCAGUCCAGCGACGAGGACAGAAAAGUGCGUGGCUUCCUCUUCUGGUCUUCAACUUCCAUUGACAGAAUAAAAACUGUUAUUGUAUUUUGUUUUGCUUUGACGGACGUGAUGAGUGGCAGGGUUGGCGACCUAAAUCCGAAGCAGGCUGAGGCAUUGGAGGAGUUUCGAGAGAGGAUUCAGGAUGUUCUUCCACUACUUCCUGCUCAGCAUGACCACUUCUUGUUGCGCUGGCUCAGAGCCAGGAACUUCAAUGUCAAUAAGUCAGAAGCCAUGCUUCGAAAGCACCUUGACUUCAGGAAACACAUGAAAGCAGACACAAUCACCACAGAAUGGCAGCCUCCAGAGGUUAUUGAGAAGUACCUGUCUGGUGGGAUGUGCGGGUACGACCGGGAGGGAAGCCCCAUCUGGUGGGAUGUCAUCGGCCCUGUGGACCCUAAGGGCCUCUUCCUGUCUGCCUCUAAACAGGAGUUCAUAAAGUCUAAGAUCAGAGACUGUGAGAUGCUGCAGAAGGAGUGUGACCUGCAGUCUGAGAGGCUCGGGAGGCAUGUGGAAGCCAUCACUAUGAUCUAUGACUGUGAGGGUCUGGGUCUCAAACACUUGUGGAAGCCUGCCAUCGAGACUUACGGAGAGAUCCUGACCAUGUUUGAAGACAACUACCCUGAGGGCCUCAAGAGACUGUUUGUCAUUAAAGCCCCCAAGCUCUUCCCCGUGGCCUACAACCUCGUCAAGCACUUCCUGAGUGAGAUCACCCGCAACAAGAUCAUUGUCCUGGGGGCCAACUGGCAGGAGGUGUUGCUGAACUACAUAGACCCAGAGCAGCUUCCUGCUGCGUACGGAGGGAAACUCACCGACCCGGAUGGGGACUCUCGCUGUAGGACCAAGAUCCACUAUGCAGGGACAGUGCCUACGUCCUACUAUGUUCGUGAGUCAGUGAAGGUGGACUAUGAACAGUGUCUAACAGUCAGCCGUGGCUCCUCACAGCAACUAGAAUAUGAGAUCCUCUUCCCUGGCUGUGUGCUCAGGUGGCAGUUUUCUAGUGAUGGGGCAGACAUUGGCUUUGGGGUGUUUAUGAAGGGGAAGAUGGGAGAGAGGCAGAAUGCAGGGCAGAUGCAGGAGGUGGUUCCCAGCCAGAGAUACAACGCCCACCUGGUCCCCGAAGACGGCUCUCUCACCUGCAGUGAGCCUGGAGUCUAUGUGCUGCGGUUCGACAACACCUACAGUGUCUUCCAGUCCAAACGCAUCAGCUUCACCGUCGAGGUCCUGCUCCCAGGCCAAUCUCAGUCUCCGAAGAAACGGGCUUGCUCACAAGUGGAGGCCAGCAACCAAUCGCAGUCUCCGAAGAACCGGGGUGGGUCAGAAUCUGGGGCCAGCAGCCAAUCGCAGUCUCCGAAUAACCAGGGUGGGUCAGAAUCUGGGGCCAGCAGCUAAUUGUGACAGACAUUACUGAGCUAGAGCUAGUCUCAGCCCCACCAUGGUCAGUGAAGUCAGACCUGAAAGCACUGAAACAGACUCCACUGGUCAGCACUGAGGUACUUCAUCUGACAAUCGGCCAUUCCAUGUGCUGCUCACGAAUGAACGUAUGUUGCUCUGGUCCAGUGCGUUACAUGCGGCUUGCUGAUGCUGAGACUUCAACAUCAGCAAGCCACGCGUAACGCCCUGGGCCAGAGCUAGAACGUACAAUGAAGAUUAACAAGUCCACAACUCAGGGUCCCUGGAAUGGAGGAGAUGUAUUCAAACACUUGAACAUUUUACAAUAAGUUUAUGGCUUUUAAAAAUCUAUUUUAUUUUAAAGACCAGGAAGUAUAGUAUAUCUGAAUGUCAUUGAGGGUUCAGGGUGUAUUAUUUUGCAAUGCAGAGAGCAGAGCAGCAAGACCUCAGGAGAUAUUUAUUUUGUCAACACUCCCCCACAUAACCAUCUGUUCAGUAGAAUCUAUUUUCUGUGGCAACAAUGCAUUAUGAGCAUUACCCUCUAUUUCUCGCUCUCACACACUGGGUGAAUUUCAAAAGUGUUUCCUUGAUUUCUCAUGUCCUUGAUUCCUCAACAUCCUUCUCAAAAGGCAAGGAAUAAGGAAAUACGUUUGAGAUGUACCCUCUCGCUCUCAAUCUUCCUCUCCUGUCUGUCAUGAUUUAUGAGUCAAGACAAAAUUAGGCCAUUUUGAGUAUGUCUUUUCUUUUCACAAUCAACAAAGUUCUGCUCAAAUUCAUAUGUUGACAUACCGGUAGUUUUAUUUUCAGGGAAAACAAACUAUAUUUUGGCUUUUAAAUGUUAGAACACGAAAGGCAAAAAAUCUUUGAGAAUGCUAAUAUCCACUGUCCAAAAUCUGUAUCAUUAAGUAUUAUUGCACUAGAAUUACAUUCCAUGUUGUUGUUUAACUUACAACAGCAGUUUGUUCCUGUAUAGGGUUGCAAUUUGCAAAAUUCCUGUAGCUUUCCCAGGUUUUCCAGAAAUCCUGGUUGGUGGUCUGGAUUCCCUGCUUAUUCCCCUCCUGAUUCCGGGAAUCUUCCAACUGAGAAAUCUAGAAAACCUAGGAAUUUUGGGAAAAUUACCGGAAUUUUGCAAACCUAUUCCUGUAUAUCUAUAUGUAACAACAAGAGACAUACAUGCCCUGGUAAAUGCUUGCCUUAAAUACGUCAGUGUGUUUAAAGAAUGUGCAGCACUAAACGAACUGGCCCUUAUGGGCAGUUGAAACACUCCAAACGCUCUAUUAUAUGUAAUCUGUAAAUUGUACUGUAUAUUGAUUGAAGUCGUGUUCUGCCAGCAUCUUGAUGAAGUAUUUUGCACAGUGAAAAUUAUGGAAUGUAGCUAGCUAUUAUAGCAUUAAUUGACGUUGGUUUGUGCUCACUGUUCAAUAGAUCAUUUAUGUUACCUUUAUGUAUUUUAGUAAUGAGUAGGGGGAACAGUACCUCCACUCCAAAACAUUUCAAUAGUUAUCUUUUUGUGAACGUUUGUCUUUCAUUUCUUUAGUUAAAAUUGGAAACAUGUCAUUUAUUUUGGUAGAAUUCAUGUAGAGUCAGUGCAUAUCUAAUAUAACAGAAAUAAGCCUGAGCUGUAUCAAUCUAUUGGCAAAAUAAUAUACAUGAUUGAAUCAACUUGAAUGAAUCUCGUACAAUAGCC